CGUCCAUUAGGGUUUUAUUCUGUAAGCCCCGCCCGUUGUUUCUAAAAGGGAGGCGUGGGUUAUUUUAACAUGCGCACGUUUUUCAGAACCGACAGCAGCACAUGAGACUGGACAAAAACUACUUAUAUGGUUUGACAUCAGCUUGCUGAGAUGAAAUCCAAGAAGAAGAAGAGACAGGAUGACUUCCAGAAGGUGAAGUUAAAGGUGGGCAAGAAGAAGCCGAGAGCUGACAAUGCCACCGAUACAAACUUCCGCUCAAAGGGAAUACAUCUACCUGCGCAGCUGAAAACCGACACUAGUGGUCCCACCACACACAGACAGCUUGGCAUCAAUGACCUGUUGUCCCAGCUCCACCAUUACAACUCAAACAUCAAACACGGUGCCUUGUUGGGUUUGAGAGAACUGCUGUCGGUGAAUCCUUCUCUGUUGGAGCAGCAUCUGUCACGUUUGCUGUCAGAGGUGGCUGCCGUGUUCACAGACAAGGAUGGAAAUGUUCGCGUGGCAGCCACACGUGUGCUCAGGUAUAUUGCUCAGUCUGUGCCCGUGGAACGAGUGGCUCCGUUCUUCCCCCUUCUCAGUGCCCACCUGUGUUGCGCCAUGACUCACAUUGAGUCGGGCAUCCAGGAAGACGCCAUGAAGGUCCUGGAUGUGUUGCUCGAGCACUACCCUGCCCUGCUCGCGACACGGCCCGCUGUCCUCCUCAACAACUUCCUGGAGUUAAUCUCUCACAGGCAGAGCAGCGGAGGAGCUAAAAAGGACCAGUAUACCAAGGGGCCCACAUGGGCGCUCUCUGUCAACCCCAGCAAAACCGUGACAAACCAGCAGUGGCGCCUCUCCGUGCUCCUCAGGCUGGGACGUUUUCUUCAAGCAGUCGUUGAGGAAAGACCAGUGGAGGAAGGAGACAUGUCCGUCCCAGCUCAGGGACUUUUUGGUCUGAGUGGAGAGAGCAGGAUUACACCUCUUAAUCUGGACUGGGACGAGCUCGGCAAUAGCAAGAUUGGAAUCAAGGUGUAUGAACAUUCUGGGAGUAAACCAACGCCACAUUCAACCUUUAAACUCAGACCAGAACCUGAACAUGGUGGAGAUGCAGGGGAAGGUUUGAACUCUGCUGACGCUGUCCAGAGUUUCGCAGCCACACUUGUCCCACUCCUGCUGGAAGUGUGGGUGGAGGCCAACACCAGUAAUUCUCCAGCCAACAACUCUGACGGGGGUCACCUGCUGCGGCCGGACGCCAUGUCCGUAAUGUUCCAGGUGUUGUCUAUUGUGCAACUGCUCCGCAAGUUGGCACCGCAGCAGGAGCAUCAAGAUGCACUGGAUGCAUGGUUCCGUAAAGAAUACUUGGGUGAUUUCAAGCAGUACUUCAUGAAAAACUUUCCCUACAGUCUUCAGGACACACCCAAACUUAAAAGGAAUCUCAAAAGGGGUAAACCGACUCCAGCGGCCCCCGAUGUGACCGUGGAUCCUCUGGCGCUAAACAUCACACUCUGCCAGGUGAUGGUGUCUCUCUGCCAGAGGCAGGGAGUCGGCUGCGACGCGGACGGAGACUGGCUGACACCUCUGAGGACGUUUGUCCGAGACACCCUCGGUGGCGAUGUGAAGCUCAGCUACAGGCAGCUGCACAUGCUCCUUGGCACUGUGUGGAAGAUGGUGCUCACACAAAAGAGCAAAAGAGUGACAGAGGACCUGUUUGCAGCAGCGUAUGCAUACUAUCAACAGAGGCACCUGACACUACAGACCAGAUCUCUUCUGCUGUCUUUCUACAGCAAAAUCUACCUUCACGAACAAGGACAUUCACAUAUUGCCAGGAGUAAGGUGCUGUGUCAGUGGCUGGCCUCACUUCCUGUACAGUUGGCACAGCUGGGCCACCGGAAUCCGGCUCUAUCAGCUUUGCUUAUCCAGUCCAUCCAGGCUGCGGCCUCCAGGGGCAACAAAGACUUGCUCACCAGUCUCCAAACGCAUGCCUGCAAGCUCUAUGAUCCACAGGAAGGCGCUGUGGUUCUUUUGCCAGCAGAGUCCCAGCAGCGCCUGGUGCAGCUGCUCUACUUCCUCCCCAAGAUGUCCCGCGCUCUUCUGGCCAAUCUGAGCGGCUGCUGCAACGCUGGGAGAAUCUCUGCUGUCCUCGCUGGCUCUAUGAUUCGUAUUGUACACCUGAGAUCGUCUCUGAGCAGCUGGUCAGUGGGGAGCCAGGAAGCGGCUCUACAGGACGUGGAGUAUGUCAGCUUCCUGUUCUCCACCCUGACGGGCUACUCCUGCGAGCACCUCUCGCGCCUGCAGCACGCCCGCGACGCCGGAGUCACGGCCGCCUCCCCCUUGUCGCCCCUAAAGCUGCAGCUCACCACGCUGGAGCAGUUCACGCACCACUGGGACGUUGCGGAGGAGGUGUGUCAGCGUCUGGAAAGUCUGGGUUCCAGGUCUCAGUGCUUCGACGUCGUACAAAACGGCAUCUAUGAAUACAUGAUGCAGCUGAAGGUGGUGCCUGACAGCAUGGCCACCAGCCUGCUCAGAGCAGUCUCCAGACUAAUGGACCUGACCCUGCUGCCCAUGGACCCCGUGAUGCGCUUCUUGGCGCGCUGCUGCCUCAGCCUGCUGGCUUUGCUGGUCGCCCGGCGCCAGGAGGACGCGGCCGACGACAGCCGCCACAAAAGGGAGGCCAUUUGGGCGGCGUGCGUGACGGCGCUGAGCACCGUGCCGCGCCUGCUGAGGAUGGUCCUGCAGCUGCGUUUUGGGGACAUGAGUGAAGACGAGCUGCCGCUGCUGGGACAGAUGUUGAUGAUGCUGCUGCAGCACACGCCGCUGCACAAGCAGCUGAUGGCCAACACCAGCCUGCUGCAGGAGCUCAUACAACACCUCACGAGGUACUCCCGUGGUGCGACCAGGGAGCAAUGGCUGACUGACCUGCUCUACUGUUACAGCGUCACCGUGGCUAACGGCACGUCCACUCACCGCGGCAACCUCCGAGACAUGUACUGAUCCACAUAAACGUGCACCUACACACACACACACACACACACUGUGGGAGCAUGUUUUUUUUAAUUGUUGCAAAAAUAACAUUUUUUGGAUCUUUCACCAUGCUUUGAAAUGUGGAAAUUUUUUUGCUUGGUUAAUAAAACAUGGACAAAA